AUGACGAUCGCCAAGAGCGUAAAGCUGCAGCGCAAGCUGCAGGACUUCCCAUAUGACAAAACGGGCAUCUCUGCAGCUGUGGAGAAUGCAGAGGCGCUGGCCACAAACGAUGCCUCAUUGAACUCUGCGAAGGUUCAGGUGGACGUGAAAGAGGCGCGGCAACCACGCACUGACGACGUCACGGUGCCGCAAUCUCCCACAGCACCUACCGACAACACGCAGCACGAAAUCAGUGGGGCAGAGCGGCAUGAACACCCUGCGGAUAACGCUUCGAAAGUUCCAAGCGAGGAGUUUAAACAGGAGCCUGCUGCCGUGAUGUCAAAAUCACUCAAACGCAGUCGCUACCUCAAAACCUGCGAGGCAGCGACACAGUCCCUGAUAACAGGGGAAACGCACGCACAGCCUCAUGGCGAGGAGGAGACGACAGUGAGAACAGCAGUUGUGACGAAACCAAAGCUGGACUUGGCACAACAACCGCAAGUGUGUAACGACCAGCCCAUGCCCCCACAUGUCUUGGAUCAAAUCCGGGCGGUUGGCAACACAAAAACUGCCGCCAUCUCACGUCACGCAUUUACAAAACUGACUGGUAUAAGGCGGAAUAAGAAACUCCUGGCCAAAAAAACAGCUAUGCAGGAGGAGGCGGAGAAUACGGCAGCACCUAAGGGAGCUGAGGAAGAGGCUGGGCGCAGGAGGGCUGCAGAGGAAGAGGCUGAGCGAAGGAGGGUUGCAGAGGAAGAAGCUGAGCGAAGGAGGGUUGCAGAGGAAGGAACUGAGCGCAAGAGAGUUGAAGAGGAGGCUGCACGGAAGAAAACAAAAAGGGAUGCAUACAGGAAGGCAAGAGAAGAAGCGGCAAGAAAGAAAGCUGAAGAGGAAGCGGCUCGCAGAAAAGCCAGAAGAGAGGCGCGAGAGCGGGCAAGG